AUAAAGAUAGGUUUUCACGCCUUCUCAAUCCCAUCACCCCAGUAGACGACCGAAACAUUUGAGAAACGGCAAGUAAAAAUGGCCUCGUUGUGUGGAAGAAUCGUGGUAUCCACGGCUAGAAGAAAUGUUAUCUACUCAUCUAGUCGUCUUGCAUCAAAAACUACUAUGGGCGACCCUGUAGAACACGCUACAGGCUUAGAAAAAAGAGAACUUUUAGCUAAAGUGGCGGGUACUGAAAAUCCGUUCGAUUUAAAAGUCUUAAAGAGAGGAGUUGGAACGAAGGCCACUCCCAACGAAAUCCCUUCGGCGUUCGAAGCUCGUCUAGUCGGAUGUAUCUGUGAGGAGGAUGCAACUAGCGUUAAUUGGAUGUGGUUACACAAGGGUCAACCGAGACGUUGUGAAUGCGGACAUUGGUUUUCGCUUGUCCACAAGGCCCCUUUAUAAACAUAAGCUCUUGUGACUUAGACUAAAUAAUAGAAGUGUAAAUGUAAUAAAUUUAUUGUUAAAUAAUG